GGAAUAUAGCCUCCAUAGUCGGUAUCAAACCCGUCGUCCACUUCGUGAGACCAACGUCUGUUGACACCACUUAGACUCUUGAAACGUUCAAGAAAAGAAUACCGAUUACGAUGGGAACAAAACGAGACAUCCCUGCUAUCGACACACUGAAAGGACUUUCUCGAGAAUGGAGUGUGAUUGGCCAACCUCUCGCCGACUCAUCAUUUGAUGUCAUUCAGCAGCACCGGACACGUAUGAGUGACCUCACUACCCGGACUAAGGAAGGGGUCACUAAGGUUCAAGAAUAUGUAGAUGAGGUUGGAAAAGAAGUAUCCGCCAUAAAAUCCCAAGUGAAAUCUUCCUUAAUAGAGAAUGUACAGAAGAUGUCUGGACUUGUUAACAAACUAGUUCCGACCAAAAGCUAUGGCGAGCCACAAUAUAUGUUACCGUCAUAUGGAGGCAACCUAGCCACGCCAGAUGAAAAAGGCCAAGACAAUGAAAUGAUUGCAAGGCAUAUGGAAGAGGAGGCCGAAAACCUUAAACAAAUGCAAAACCUGGAAUCGUUCUUGGGGAAAAUGGAGCAUUUGUGCGAGAAGGUUCGAUCGUAUGAAGGAAUUGACUCCGAGGAAAUAAAAAACUUACAAGAUGAUCUGAAAGGCUAUGGUGACACCUUAGAAAAUGAACACGAACGACAACAACGAGAAGAAAAGCAGAAGAGAGAAAGAGAACGAGCAGAAGAAGAGGAGAGGAAGCGUAUAGAGGAGGAAAACAGACGAAGAAAUCCAGCUAAUUGGAAACCUCUUGUGUUGAAAGACAGAUCAAACAGCGAAAGAUUUGCCAACACGGACGUGUUGUGUGUGGUGUAUGCCAUGGAUGGAAGUUUUACCCCAUCAUCACUUCGUUGUACCAACAUGGAAGGACAUACGGGUGUAGCAGACUGGCUAUCCACGCCGUAUGAGCAACAGGCGUCGAGUCCGACCAAGGUCAGCUACAACAGUUAUAGUCCACUCGACCUACAGGAACCCAUGGAAGUAUACGUGCCUUACUUGACCACUGGGGCUAACCGUGAACCAGAGGUCAAGAUCUCAAUCGACAACGGAAAAUGGGAGUACCCGGAAGUACUUAACGAACGAAAAAUAGAUGCAUUCCCGAAAAGUGUCGAUUACAUCGGAACAAAGGUCCCAAGUUUUGAAUCAUUCAAACUUAUCGUCUCCUCUGUGCUAAAGAAAAGGACCAUAGUUGUUGACAAAAACGGCGUCUCCUUCAAGGCAGACUGCAUGCAUGUUCAAAUUCCACCAAACUUUGGAAAUGACAAAAUCAAUUUAAGGGUCUCGAAGGACAAUGAACAGCAAAGGAGUCCCAGCAAUUUUUUGGGUGCACAAAUGCGUGUCGAGGUGGAUUGUAUCGAUCAAACAACAAAAGACAUCGAUGUCAAAAUAUCCCCCGAAAAACUUUCCGAAGUUUCAUCGCACUUUAAGGACAAGAUGGUUUUAGUGACGGCCGCCAACCAGUGUUUCGCAUCUGAUGAAGGCCUUGCUAACUUCCGGUUGGAUACGUUUCGUCAACACCUACAGACAGAGGGCGUGAUUAACACAAAGGAAACAAACGAUAACAAAAAUCUCAAGACAAGAGACAAGAGAAUAAAGCACCUUAUAGAAAUGAUCCUUGAAAAACCAUCAGCUGCUGAGAAAGUCCUGGAAUGCCUUGACAAAUCAGGAAAUAAGGACGUGGCGGAAAGAAUCCGAGAAGUCGUCCAGGAGAAGCGAGGGACCGCCGUAGUAGAAGAACAAUGGCGAUCGGUGAUGGUUUUCCGUGAAGAUGGCGAGAACUGGAGAGUUAUUGAUCCGAAACGCUUUGCAAAACUCCACCAGGAUUUAGGCUGUACUUUGCAGGCAGGACACAGACAUUUUGAUCUGGUUUCCCUGACAGUUUCUAAGGACUCAUCAGAGAAAGAUAUUGAAAGAAUAGCCGACGAGUUUGGAAGAGGAACAUUUGCAACAAAGGCAACACUUAUUUGUAGACAUAAAUCCGAAGAUUAUCAGGCUGAAACAUUUCUUCACGUACUUCCGGCCAACAAAGCAGCACUGGAAAUCAGUAGACUGAAGAAACAAGGCUAUACCCGAGGUCCAAUGGAAUUAGCCGACUUUGAUGUCAUGGAUGGCGACACGGUAGAAUUAUACAUGUCGGGGAAUAUCGGUAUUGAAUACAGUGGUAGACGGAUUCCACAAGGGGAGGUGGUAAAACUUCCAUUCAAAACCCACAAAGACGUCUGUAAAGCCAACCUGAAUAUCUACGUCGUGGACAAGAAAUCGGAGGACCAGAUGGAUGACGACAGAUAUCGGGGUCUUUUACAUUACCGUAUUAAGGAUAAUAAACCUCUUAAGGAGAGGACGGACUCCGUGGAACUAGUCUGGAUGAAGACCAGCAAGCGGUACCUGUCGCACCUGUCAAUGAACGGGGAUAUCCAGGCACUUGCAAAAUUUAUCGGGACAAAGGUGGCGGAUAGACAGGAAACUCAUGACAUAUUUGCUGGUGUGGAUACUCCAGCUGUUGUGAAAGAAAUAGAGCAGCGCGUGGAGAGACAGUGCAAAAGCGACACAAACGAGGUCAGAUUGGAGACCGCAAUAUUCAUAUGGGCUAAUCAAAAUCAGGACGAAAAGGAGAAAAAGAUCGAGAUCAUUCUAAACGCCGUACGAGAAUACCAUUGGUGUGCAGAAGCUCGCCAGUUUGUGACCCUGUACAUGAACAAAGGUCUGUUUUCUGAGGUGUCGCUCCUGAGUAUGUCGACGAUGCUUGGAUCAGAAUGGCAAGACUUGGUGAUUGCUCUCAAACUCUCUGAGGGAGAUGUCUACUACAUACAGAGCAUGGACCUCAGCGAACAAGACAAGAAGGGGAAGAUGCUAGAUAAAUACCGCCUGUCUCGGCACGCCAUCAGCUUUGGUAUCAGACUACCGGACGAAUUCUUGAAGGCAAUUCAACAGUGUAAAUGUAGCAACCAACUUACAUCGUAUGUGGAAAAGAAACUGAAAUAAAAAGGAUGUUUAUUUCACGGAUCAUAAGGGAUUGUUUCACAGGCAAUGUAUACAUAAAGUAUAUUUUUCUUCAAAACGAAAUGUCUUUUGAGCUUUAUAACCGAGUUUGGAACUAACACAAAUAGACUGAGGUUGUGGCUAUUGUACAAUGCUUAAGCUUGUUAAUGACUCCAUAGCUUACACUAAUGUAACUAAUUGAUUCACAUUGAAGCGUAUAUAAACUUUUUUAGGAUUUACUUCUUACCAGUAAGACAUAUUUUACAUUUGUUAAUCCGAUGGUUAUGUGUUGUGUCAUAUUUAAGAAUUGUACAAAUUAAAGGCAAUAUCAGUUAAUGACACCUUUAAAUGUGAAGUUAGGAAUAGAUAAAGUUAAUGCGAAUAAUAAACAUAAAACUUCAUCGUUCUAUGAUUCGUCACUGAUGUUAGGGACAUCGUACAGCUGUUUUAGCCUCCUAGGGUCAUCAGUGAUGCUAGGGACAUCAUACAGCUGUUUUAGCCUCCUAGGGUCAUCAGUGAUGCUAGGGAUAUCAUGCAUCUGUUUUAUCCUAGAAUUCGUCAGUGAUGUCAUGGACAUCAUACCACUGUUUUAUUCCAGAACUCAACCGUAAUGUCAGGGACAUAAUACAGCUGUCCUUCUACGACUCGUCACUGAUUUUAGGGAUAUCAUACAGUUGAUUUAUCCUUCAAGGUCUCGAUGAUCCUACGGACGUCAUACCGGUUUUUUUUAUUCCAGAACUUGACAGUGAUGUUUGGAACAUGAUACCGUUGGCGUUCUAGGACUCGUCACUGAUGUUAGGGACACCAUACAACUGUGUUAUUCUAGGAUUCGUCACUGAUGUUAGGGACAUAAUACAUCAGUUUUACCUUUC